ACAAAUUUGGAAACUUAUAUCUUCUCAAGCUAAAGAAACAGAUAAGCUUCUCACAAAGGUAGCAUACCAAUCAUCUGCAAUUCUUUGGCUACUAGAUAACUUGCUUAGAGCAAUUUAUAAUACAAAGUCUAAUAACGAUUCUGAGGCUCUCCAGCUCAGAAGACAACAAUCACUCAAGGUUAUUUCUCCUAACUAUGCCCCUCCAAUAGAUAAAGAUGAAGUGUUUGAGAUAACAGUAGUAAACCCUCUUAUCAUAGAAAUAAUCACCAUUUUGGCUGAGUGCGAAGAAGCAAUUACUGGCCAUACAAUUGAUCACAAAAUUAGGAAAAUAAAUUUUGGGGUGGCCACAACUAUAGAGGUUGCCCAAGAACAUAUAGCAACCCAAACACUUCAACAAACUAAAAGAAGUUUCAAUACCAGUAGGAAAGAGCUUGGUGUCUUGUCUAAAAGAAUAGUUACAU